UAGAGCCCAAGGCCCAGAACCGUCAAGUCGAACCCUACCUUGCGUCCUUGCCCUCUCGUCUUUCCCUACUACCGCCGCCACCAUCCUGCGCUGCGCCUGCACACGCUCUCGGCUCUCCCGCUGCUCUCGAAGCCGUCUCCCCCGAAGCUGCCCAGGGUCAGCUCAAGCUAGAGGAAAUGUUUACAGCAAGGAGGAAGAUCCAGAAGGACAAUGGCAUGGAGCCAACUGAGUUUGAAGACACAGUUGCCCAGGCGUUCUUUGACCUCGAAAAUGGGAAUCAGGAGCUUAAGAGUGACUUGAAGGAACUUUACAUCAAUGGAGCAAUGCAGAUGGAUAUGGCUGGCAACAGGAAGGCUGUUAUCAUCCAUGUUCCGUACAGACUGCAAAAGUCUUACAAGAAGAUUCAUGUGAGGCUUGUUCGGGAGCUUGAGAAGAAGUUCAGUGGGAAGGAUGUUGUUCUGGUUGCUACUCGAAGAAUAGUGAGGCCUCCGAAGACAGGCUCAGCUAUUGUGCGCCCACGUAACCGCACUCUUACUGCUGUUCAUGAUGGCAUUUUGGAGGACGUUGUGUAUCCAGCUGAGAUUGUUGGGAAGCGUAUUAGGUACCACAUGGAUGGUGCCAAAGUUUUGAAGGUCUUCCUGGAUCCAAAGGAGCGAACAAACACUGAGAAUAAGCUUGACACUUUCAGCUCGGUCUACCGGAGGCUCUGUGGGAAGGAGGUGGUGUUUGACUACCCUGUGGCCGAGAGCGCUUAAGGCCCCUUGGCCCGUUUACAGCCAACUGUUUUGUCAUGGACCCAGUUUCAUCUGUCUGAAAUAGAUAUUACAGUAUGUUUGAUAUGCUAAAUAGUUUUGGCAAUCGUGAAAUGUGCCGUUCUGAAGCUGUCCCAAUGCGUUGCGUUGCGGUUGGUUUGGAGCUAUAUUAUGAUCAGCUUUGUAUGGCAAGGCAUUUGUCUUAUAUUAUACUUAUAUUCUUCAAGUUGUGCAAAUGCUUUGCAUUUGCAUUUCAGGAGCA